GCAUUUCAUCAACUCAUAUCAAGGUAAAUUCCGAUUGUUUAUCUAGUUUACAUCGUGGGGCUCAACCGAAAGCUAGUUACAAAUUAUCCCCGUUCAUAAUGCAGGUGAACCCUUUGCCUCUACCCGCUCAAGAUCAGGCAUAUUGCAUUGUUUCUGCCCUUGAGUCGGGCCACAUCGAUGUUCCCCUCGAAGUAUUCUUGGAUAAUGCUAUUCCAGGUUCACAAGCUACUUUACCGUCUUUGUCUUUUCUCCUCAGGCAUUCAAAGACAAACGAAACUUUCGUCUUUGACCUCGGCUUCCGCAAAGAUCUGGAAAACUAUUCCUCAUCUAUCGUCAAACUUGGACUCGAGAAAUUCGUUAGGGUUCCUCAGGACGUGGUCGACUCGCUCGCGAAAGGCGGGCUAUCACCUUUGGAUGUAAAAACUGUCUGUCUUUCCCAUUGUCACUUCGAUCAUUAUGGAGAUCCUUCGCAUUUUGUCAACAGCGAAUUCGUAGUUGGCGCAGAUUCAGCGAUACAUUUCAAUCCUGGUUUCCCUGCCGAUCCAGAUUCUCAAUGCCCAAGCGACCUUCUGCCAGAAAGGCGAACUCGUUUUGUUGAACUCAGCGACCAACCUCUUCUCGGACCGUUCCCCCACGCUCUUGACUUCUGGGGUGAUGGUAGCCUUUAUCUUGUUGAUGCUGCUGGUCACCUACCCGGUCACAUUGUCCUGAUUGCUCGCACUUCUCCAGAUGGCGGAUGGAUACUUCUGGGAGGCGACAGCGCCCAUCACUGGAACUUGAUCACUGGAGAAUCACAGAUUGCAGAGGGUCGUCCAGGCUUCCCUACAGGCUGUGCUCAUCUUGACAAAAAAGAAGCGGAGCUGACCAUUCAACGUAUCCGCGAAUUUUGGCAGUUACCCCGCACCAGAGUCAUAUUAGCCCAUGAUGAGCCUUGGUACAAGGAGAAUAAAGACGGUGCCGGUUUUUGGCCUGGACAUAUAACAUCAAAGUAGCUUGCUGCGUGCGUCCUGAGACGUAAGGAAAUGAAGUUUCAUUCACUUUCAUUUAGUUGUACACUAUUUUGUUUGAAAUUAUUGUACUAAUUUCGUAGCUUUUUGUUCAACUAUUCCUGUGUUCCGAUAAUGUGGCAGAACUUCGAAUGGAGACUUCUACGUUUUGAAAGGCACCACAAUGUGACGUGAAGAACGAGUAACGUUUCCUGAGGUGAGUGUUAGAUGCUGAGUGCCUGCCAACCGGCUCUCCGUCAUUGCUCUCCGAGUUCUCUUCGUUCAAUAUGAUCUCCGCUCGGGAGCAAUCCAGGGAUUGUCUUCGGAAAUUUUCAAGGCUCAUGACUUCAACUAGAUUGACCUUAG